UUCGAAAGAAUCGAAUCAUUAAAGUCUUCAACGGCCAUUUCAGAAGUAGCAAGAUAAACAAUCCAGACAAGUGAAAAACUAAUAUGGGGAAGUUAAUUGUACUCUCGGUUUUGGUUGCAGCUGUAGCAGUACUUGUUGGAGAACGAUUUUUUGCGCUAAGAAAUAUAACAUUGUCUUAUAGAGAACUCACCCAGAACCACCUCCCUAAUUGUGAACUGAUAAAAGGAAUAGAGAUGGGAGCAGAGGACAUCACUAUACUUGAAGAUGGACUGGCCAUCAUAAGCGCUGGUCUGAAGUACCCAGGUAUGCCUCGUUAUUCAGACGCGCCUGGAAAGAUCUAUGUGCUGAACCUGCCCUCUGGAGGAGAUCUUACAGAACUCCAUAUCAAAGGAGACUUUGAUGCAGCUUCUUUUGGCCCACAUGGAAUCAGUCUGUAUACUGAUGAAGAAGAUGGCUCUCGAUAUUUAUUUGUGGUGAAUCAUCCACAUAAAAACAGCCAGGUUGAGAUAUUUCAGUACGUCAAAGAGGAAAACACUCUAGUGCACGUGAAGACUAUAAAGCACGAGUUGCUGCAUAAUGUGAAUGACAUUGUAGCUGUUGGAGUGGAAAAUUUCUACGCCACUAAUGAUCACUACUUCACCACCGAUUACCUGAAGCCUCUGGAAAUGCUGCUCUCUCUGUUCUGGUGUGAUGUGGUGUAUUACAGUCCUGAAGCAGUUCAUGUUGCGGCAGGAGGACUUUUCAGUGCCAAUGGCAUCAACAUCUCCCCUGACAAAAAGCAUUUGUAUGUGUCAGAUUUAAUGAAUCACACAAUUGUUGUGCUGAACAUCCAGAAAGACAACACACUAUCCCGUGUGAAGGAAGUUGAUGUAGGCUCCCUCUGUGAUAAUAUCGAAGUGGAGAGUAAAACUGGAGACUUGUGGAUGGGUUGCCACCCAAAUGGAGGCAGAAUUAUUCUAAAUGAUCCAAAUAAUCCACCUGGCUCCGAGGUCAUUCGUAUACAAAAUAUCCACUCUGAAGAACCAGUGGUGACUCAGGUGUACGCUGAUAAUGGCAGCGUGCUCCUAGGAUCUUCAGUGGCUACACCGUGCAAUGGGAAGCUCCUUAUAGGAAGCGUUUUCCACAAAGCCCUAAUGUGUGACCUUGAGUAGAACAUCCACUUAAACAUCAAACACUGCUCUGCAUGACUACAGUGCCUAACAGAUGAAAGGAAAAAAAUUAAAGGAAAAAAGAAAUAAAGUAACAACUUCAAUAUGUCUCUGGAACUUUACUGGAGGGAUGGACAUCAUUCUUCCCAAAGAUAUUCUCUCAGUUGGUGUUUUGGUGGCUGUCUAACAGGUUGCUGUCUAACAAGUGUGCAGUUGGGUUACGGGGCAUUGUCAUCCUGUACGAGAUCGCUCCUAUCAUUUUUUUUCCUUCGAUUUGUCACCCAUUUGUGGGUGUUUCCUAUAUCAAGAAAUGUGAUAUCACAGUAUCGGGUAUAAUCUCUACUGAAUUCUCACAGACGUUUCCUACAAGAAAUUCAGGUUUUGUCAUGCCAUUCAUGUAUAUAUUUUCAGUAGGCCUGUUGCUAUAUACAGUACAGUAUAGUCUAUAUACAUACAUAAAUGCAUAUAGUAUUAAAGAGCAGUGUUCACAACUACAGUAUCAGUGCACAUCACUACACAUUUCUUGACAAAGCACUACUAAUUACACACACUGCACAGUUUGAAGAAAACUGUGGUAUAAUUGUGUGAAUAACUUGACAAUGUAAACAAUUAUAAAUAAAUAAAUAAAUAUAUUAUAAAUAAAUAGCAAAAUACCAAGAAUGUUGCAGCAUGUAAAAGAUUUUGCAUAGAAUUAUUGAAGUAUUACAAUAUUGCAAGUUUAAAAAACCAAAAUGACAUUAAUAUUAACUGGACAGUUCAUAUUGGCUCAACUUGCUUUCUAUCCAGUGUUCCCUGGAUAGACUCUGGAUCCAAGACUACCCUGAAUGCACUUAAUGUAGAUGAAUGAAUGAAUGAAAGAAAAAGGGUCAUUUUAAAAUAGUAUUGUGUUAUACAUUUAUGAAUUAAAAAUGAAUUGAGUUAUAAAAAUAUUAGUUAUUUCAAAAUUAAGCGAAAAUAAAACUAUUCCUCAAAAAACUCAAUGUAACAAUACAAAUACACAGCUAAAUAGAUGCACAAAGGCACUGAGGUUUCUAAAUUCAUUUCUAAUGAAUAUUUUGUAUACUUUUCAUUUUGAGCUAUUGCCAGGUUUGCCUAAGUAAUGUGAAGGUGCUAAAAGACAGAUAUAGAAUAUUAAGUAAAAUUGAGCUUAAAUACAGUGAUGGUACAAAGGCUUUGCCAAUUGAGAUUAAGUGAGGAACACAGCUUCUGUACAGGUUCAGUAGUGUGGGUAAUUCUAGAAUUUACUAAUUUGAAUGUUUUUUCCUACCAAGUUAUAAGAUAUGCUGAUUGUAGAAUAUUGAUUGUGUUGAAUAUACAGUUGGGAAUAUUGAUUGUAGUCACUGCGUUUUGUUUGUGUGACUUUACAACUGACACUGUGAAUUUUUUUUUCUUUGUACUAUGAACUCUUUUAAGAGGUUCAAAUAUGUUCCACAGUGCUAUGUUUAAAUAAACAGUCAUGACCAUUUGCCUCUUUGA